AUGGCCGCAACCCAAGAUCUCGCCGACCGCACCGCUGCCCAAAAGGUGUACAUCGACCCCGCCUUGGGCAAAGACGACGCCUCGGCCGACGGCACCGAGGCCAAGCCGUUCCAGUCGCUGUAUCACGCCCUCAUCACCCACCUCGAGACCAUCCCCGCGCCCACGUACCUGACGCUCGUCAAGAAGGAGGACGCUGCCACCUCGUGGGAGGAACCCGCCAAGUCUGCGCUCAAAAAGGCCGUCGGCCGCGUGGACGCGUACAAGAAGAAGCUGGCCAAGGAGAAGGACGCCGCGAGGAAGGAGGAGGAGGAGCGGCUGCAGAGGUUGAAGAACCUUGAGGACAGCAAGAAGAUCGUCCUCAAGCAGGACGAGUCGCUCCCCAAGGCGGAGAGGAUCAAGCUGAGCCAGAAGGACGAGGGGCUGAUUGGGAAGAGGGUCAAGGUGUUUGGGCGGAUUCACAGGAUUAGGGUGCAGAAGGCGGCGACGUUUCUGGAGAUCAAGGACGGGUAUGGGAAGCUGCAGUGUAUCCUUCCUGCUGGGGAUCUGACCAGGAACCAUGAUGCGCUGUUGUUUGCGCAGGAGACUGCGCUGGCGGUGUAUGGGCUGUUGAAGAGGGUUCCCGAGGGGGCUGAGGCGCCGGAUGGGAGGGAGCUGCACGUGGAUUAUUUUGAGGUGGUGGGUGGUGCGCCGAGUGAUUUGGAGGCGUUUAGCAACAAGGUUAGCAAGGAUCAGGACCCGUGGGAGGCGAGCAUGUUGGACAACAGGCAUUUGGUGCUGAGGGGGGACAAUGCGAGCGCGGUGAUGAAGUUGAGGGAGGCGAUUGAGCUGGCGUUUGUGGAUAGUUAUAGGGAGAUGGAGUUCACCAAGGUGUCGCCUCCUGCCAUGGUCCAGACUCAGGUUGAGGGUGGUUCUACUCUUUUCGGGUUUCCCUACUAUGGCGAGGAGGCUUACCUUACCCAGUCUUCUCAGCUGUACCUCGAGACUGUGAUCCAGUCGCUCGGCAACGUCUACUGUAUCGAGAAGUCUUUCAGAGCCGAGAAGUCGCUCACCCGCCGCCAUCUGUCCGAGUACACGCACGUCGAGGCCGAGAUGGACUUUAUCGAAUUUGACGACCUGCUCGAGCACAUUGAGGAGCUGAUUUGCCGCGUCGUCGACAAGGUGCUUGCCAACCCCACCUCUGCGGCCUACCUCAAGCUUCUCAACCCCGGCUUCCAGAAGCCGAGCAGGCCGUUUAUGCGGAUGAGGUACGCCGACGCGAUCGACUGGCUCAACGCGCAGGAGGAGCCGAUUCUCAACGAGGAGGGCAAGCCCCACGUGUUUGGUGACGACAUUGCCGAGGCUGCGGAGAGAAAGAUGACGGACAUUAUCAACCGGCCCAUCUUCUUGACGCAUUUCCCUGUCGAAAUCAAGGCGUUUUACAUGCAGAAGGACCCCAAAGACUUGAGGGUGACGGAGUCGGUGGAUGUGCUGAUGCCGGGGGUGGGUGAGAUUGUGGGCGGGUCGAUGAGGAUGUUUGAUUAUGAGGAGUUGAUUCAGGCGUAUAAGAAGAAUGAUAUUGGGCAUGAGCCUUACUACUGGUACACGGAGCAGAGAAAGUACGGCACCAGCCCGCACGGUGGGUAUGGGUUGGGGUUGGAGCGGUUUAUUGCUUGGAUUGCGAACCAGCAUACUGUGAGGACGUGCAGUUUGUAUCCUAGAUUUAUGGGGCGUGCGAAGCCUUAGAGAAAGGGUGAACUGUGAUGGGGUUCUUUUAGAGAGGAGGGGGAAAAAGAAGGCUUGGAGUUUGGGGGAUGAGGUUAGGCUUUAGGUUUACAUUUUAGUCUUUCUGUCAUAGAUGAAAAGAUGGAUUUAGAUGUUA